AUGAAUGCACAAAUAUCUUUUAUUGAAGGCCAUUUCAGCCUGAUACACAUCCCUCUCCCCCUCUACGCCGCCGUCCUCCAGCCCAUCCUCCGAGUCCUCCUCCCCCACGGCGGACCGGCCCAUAACAACAAGGACCCAGAAGGCCUGCUCGAAGGUCUCUCUCUAGACAACCAACACGGUUUCCUAAACAUCAGCGUCACGCCCAUCGAAUGCUCCAUCGUCUGUCACGCGUCCUGGGCCCAGAAUGUCUUCGCCCCGCUCCUCUCCCGCCUGCCCAAGGAAGACUCCAAACGGUGCAACAUCUCGAAAGACACGUACAUUGUCUUCUCGGUCAACUCGGCCGGCAUGGAAGCCGGCCAGCGCGUGAUGGAUCUGACGGCGCCCUUGGCCAUGGCCGCCAUCCCCAUCUUCUUCAUCACAACCUACUAUACCGACUUUAUCCUGGUGCCGGCCAAGGACCGGCAGACCGUCGGCGCCGCCCUGCUGGACCGUGGCUUCGAGUUCUCCGAGAGUGACAGCGCGUACGUGCAGGCCCCCCUGUCGCACCUCACGCAUUCCCGCAUUCCCAGCGCCACCUCGUCUCUAUCCUCGUCGAUGUCGGCGGGGGAGCCGCCACCCUCGCCGCCCCCGAGCAACGUCGCCGAGCUGCAGGUCCGCACCUUCUCACAGCUGAAGAAGAGGAACGUGGUGCCGUUCAUCGAGCCGGACCUGCACCUCGUGCAGUGCUCCGGCAAGGAGAUCCUGCCGGAGGACGAUUACCCCCGUUUCAACGUGAACGGACACUCUUCUCGCAGUAAUGGCAAUGGGAAUGGGCACGGUGAGCAGGGCUCGUGGCUAUCGACCAUCGAUCCCAAAUUCUACAUCGGGCUGGUAUCUGCCCUGAUCAACCAACCGCGCUUCCUCUCGAUUACCUUGGCCCAAGACGACGCACCUUCCCUGCUCGUCGACAAAUCUCUCCUCUGGCUCUUCGGCAACAGCGUGAUCGGCGACGCCGACGGAGACCUCGUCCCGAUCUUCCUGGACCUGGGCGGCCUGCCGGCGGAGAGCACGGGAAUCGUGUGUGGCGUGGCGGGGCAGCUGUGCUCGGGGUUUGGGGGCGGCGAGGGCGGCGAGCUCAGUUAUCUGAGUACGGCACGCGCUGGGGCGGUGAUUCUGAGCAGUGAGGGGAGCGCGAGGGCCAUGAGCCAGUUGUUGCCGUUACUCGACAAGGAGGUUUAG